UAAACCACAACUGCUGCCUGCAGAAGUGACUCAAUCUCCAAUGGACUCCAGGUCGAAUUCGAAAUCAACAAACUGUUGUUUACUUGGUGAAAUCUGAACCCAAUUCUGAGCUGCAUGCCACUGAGUGCUGGAAAGAACAAACUACUGUCUCAUUCAUUAACUUGUUGACAAAGUACGAGGAAGGGUUCUAAUUGCAGCAAGUUUUAGAUCUAAUGGACGAAAGGGGUAGAGCAUUCUUCAACAACGGAAGCAUCUUAUUAGAGGAUCUCAUUGCUUCUUGUGAUGGAAAAUCUAAUCCUAUUCGCAAUUACUCUGCUUCUGAGCUCAUCAGGGCCACCAACAAUUUUGAUCCUUCCUGCAUCAUACAAAAUUGUACGCCUACUGAGGCUAGUCAAUUUCAUCGUUUUGUACAUGUUUACCAUGGUUACAAAGUGUUCAAGGGUUCUCUAGACGAUCGAUAUAUCAUUGUUAAGAAGUUCAUGGGGACCGGGGAUGAAACUAGGUCCCUGGCUAUUCGUGACAUUAUCGUUUCAAUGCAAAUGAGCAACCAUAAGAAUGUCUUGAAGCUCUUGGGGUGCUGUUUAGAGUUCCCUAUACCAGCUCUGGUGCAUGAAUAUGCAACAAAAGGAAUUGUCACUUAUCAAGGAGGUUUCGGGGCCAAUGAGUCCUUGCCCUGGAAAGUUAGGUUGCGUAUUGCAAAGCAGCUUGCAAAUGCACUUACAUAUCUUCAUACCGCCUUUCCGAGGCCUAUCAUUCACAGGGACAUGAAACCCAACUGCAUUUUUUUGGAUGAGGACUAUGUCCCCAAACUCUGCAACUUCUCACUGUCCAUAACCAUACCUCCUAAGCAAUCGUAUGCUGAAGAUAACCCGAAAGGGACAUUUGGUUAUGUUGAUCCUACCUACAUGAGGUCUGGUUACAUUUCGGAAAAAGGUGAUGUUUACAGCUUUGGUGUUCUAUUACUUGUGUUCUUGACAGGACAAGAAGCUUUGAUUAGAUAUGAAGAGGGAGGAGAGUAUCAGUCAAUUAUUCCAUAUGUGAAAUCUCAUGCUUGUGAUGGCCAGAUUGAGACAAUAGUGGAUCCUGAAGUCCUUAGAGAGGCCAAGGGAGAUAAACACACACAACAAUACUUGCAUGAUUUCCUUGCACUGGCAUUGUUAUGCACCAGUGACAGUAGUGAAGCACGGCCUGAUAUGAUCGAUGUGGCGAAAGAACUCGUACGAAUUGAGAAGUGUUUAUUGCCUUGCUAGCUUCAUCCUCUAUUAUUAUUAUUAUUAUUAUUAUUAUUAUUCUUAUUAUCUUAUCGGGUAAAUCUAUGGUAUAUUAAUAUUUCUCAUACAUCAACU